AAAAAAAUAGCGACUGUAAUUGACGAUAUCAAGACCAAUCAGAAAGCACCACAUCUAGACACUCUAGAUGGGAGACCUAACCCGUUAAAUAAGCCGAGAGUUAUGCUUCCUGUUCAGUAUAGAAAUUACUUCUUUCGUAUAACCAUAUAUCUUUUUAAAAUUUGAUUCUCCCACAGUUUGAAGUUACGUGUUUCAGAGAAAAAUAAAUUUCCAAAGAUAUAUAAACACCUUUAUGUAUCAGACAACGAUUUAAUAAUUUUUACUUAACUUUGAAAGAAAUUCAACAAUGAGUGAAAAAACAAACCAAGUUGAUCUAAGUACAAUAAGUACUAAACUUACUAAAGAAGUAUUAGAAAGUAUACUUGUAGCAGAACAUAAUGUAAAAGAUGUUAAAGUAAUCGAUUGGAAUUUUGAUGAAGCAAGUGUUAAAGGUGAUAGCUAUUUAACAGUUGUUAAUAAAGUCAAGAUAAAUGGUAUUGCUAAUGGCAAACCUGUACAAACUGAUAUUGUGAUAAAAUCACUACCUGCAAAUAUAGGUAGAAGAAAAACUUAUCGAAGUACAGAUUUCUUUCAAAAUGAGGUCGCAUUUUAUACUAAGGUUAUACCGAAAUUUGAACAGUUUCUCAAAAGCAAAAAUCAAGCUCAUAUUCUAAGUGUUCCACGUCACUUAAAAUCAUUUGUAGAUGGUGAAAAUGACUAUUUAAUUUUAGAAAAUGUUUGCAAUUUAGGAUAUGGUCCUAUAACUCGUCAAGACUGUGUAGAUAUGGAACAGUGUACUGUGAUUUUAGAAGCUUUUGCUACUUUUCAUGCAAUUUCGUUUGCACACAAAGAUCAAAAUAAAGAAGAAUUUAAUGAGUGUGUAUCGCAUUUAAGAGAGACAUAUUUUAGUCCUAAAUAUUGGAGUUGGUAUGAAAAAUUUCAUAAACAAUUGGUGGGAAUAGCAACACAUGCAUUAACUACUGAAUAUCCAAACAGCGAAGCGCUAAAGCGUUUUACUUCUUACAAAUUUGGUUCACUCGUGGAAAUGUGUUGUAAAAUAUGUGAUCGUUUAGAUGCUCCAACAUCAGUUGUAAAUCAAGGAGACUCUUGGGCUCCAAAUGUUUUAGUACGUACCAUUGAAGGAAAUAGAAAGCAAGCGCUGUUACUUGAUUUUCAAUUAGCACGUUGUGUCAGUCCAAUUCCUGAUUUAGCAUUCUUUAUUUAUUCUUGUACAAACAAAACUCUUAGAGAACGAUUCGAUGAAAUGAUGAAAAUUUAUCACGAUAAAUUAACUAGUGUAAUUAAUUUACUUGGCUCAGAUGCUAACAAAGUGUAUUCAUGGGAAACGUUUAUGAAAGAGGUAAAAGAACAAUUUGUCUAUGGAGUUGUUUUUGCAUUAGAAGCUAUACCAUUUACAUUGUUAUCUAAUUCACAAGCAUUUGAUCUGGAUACAUUAAUAAAAGGAGACGAACAAGUGAAUAUAAGUGAUGUAUGGGUACUUGGUAAUUUAGAUACACAGGAAAAAAGAUUACGUUUAACAGAUGUAAUUGUCCAUGCUGUAGAAAGAGGAUUUUUAUAAAAUUUAAAUGUAUAAGUAAAAUUGAAUCCAUUUUAUUCAUAAUUUUUAUUAAAUGUUUAGCAUUAAAUAAAAUAGAGAUAAUCUGUA